AUGGAUAAAAACGAUUACGACUCGCGCGUACUCGACAUGAUAAAUGCAGGUCCGUACGAAGAGUGUAAAUUCAAAAAUGGAAAACCCAAAGAUCCUCUCAACACUAUGAUAGACGAGGCUAACGUUGUUCGGCAAAAAGUGGCACGGCUAAUGGGAGAUGAAAAGCUUGAGCGACGUCUUUACGUACCGAACCCGAAGGUCGCCUCACUAUACUGCCUACCCAAAAUCCAUAAGAAUCCACUGUCUAUGCGUCCAAUUUCGUCAAACAUCUGUACACCAACCGAGAAAAUGGCGGCGUGGCUGGUAGAUGAGAUCAAACGAUAUCCUGUGACUCACGGCAAGAGUGUAAAAAACUCGAUAGAACUUGUAGAUCAGAUUAAAGACCUCGAGAUACGACGCAGUGAGAUCAUGGUGUCGUUCGAUGUUGCUUCUCUGUUCCCCAGUGUACCCGUUGAAGACGCCUUAAAAAGCUUACGUGCACAUUUAGAACGAAAACAAGUCCCCUCGAACCACAUUGCGGCAUAUCUUUCUGUGGCACAGGUGUGUAUGAAGCAGAACUUGUUCAUGUUUCGCGGGAAGUAUUACAAACAAAACUUUGGCCUUAGCGUGGGAAGUAAGCUUUCACCGCUAUUAGCUGAAAUAUUUAGGAGCGAUUUUGAGACCGAGCUACAAAAAGACAAAAUGUUCCCCCGGGUUUGGAAGCGGUACGUCGACGAUGUGUUUGCUUUGGUGAAGGAACGCUAUUUGCCACAAACGCUCAACCUACUGAACUCGAAACACGACUCGAUCAGAUUUACGGUUGAAAAAGAACAAGACGGUACACUCCCGUUUUUAGAUCUUCGCAUCUCAAUAAAAGAAGACAAAACUUUGAAAUUUGGCAUCUACCGUAAACAAACUUCAACAGACCGUUUCAUAACAUCCGACUCCAACCACUUUGGAGCCCAAAAGCAAGCAGCAUUCCACUCGAUGGCCCACCGCCUUUUCAAUAUACCGAUGGAAAAAGAAGAGUUUAAUGCGGAAAGGGAGAAAAUACACAAAAUCGCCGAACAGAAUGGAUAUGACAGCAACUUUAUCGACCACGGAACACGCUACUACCAUCACCCGAUUUUGUCAUCGACUGCUCCUGACCCCACCGUCAGCUCCAAGUUUUCCCGGCCCGCUACAACGCCGGACGAAGGUAGCGUCGUCAAUUUGCGCCCUGUACGGGAUAGGCUGGCCGAACAGCAAUCGGCAGCAUCCAACAGCAAGCAACUAGCAUCAGUGGAAAGACUACUAGCGUCGAGUAUAAGCAGCCAGUUUCGCACAAACCGUGCUUCGUUAACAGCUAGAUCGCGUAUUGUCCAGGAUAGCGAUGGCGGCCCCGCCAUUUUGUUAAACCUCAUGGACCACCAACAGCAUGGUAAACCUCAAGUAAACCUCGGGUUUAGAGGCCGAGACCCUAACCAAACCAAUAGCAGUCGGUUGGUAGCAACCCACCGCACCACACAGUGA